CAAAACCACUUUGCAAAAACCUCAAGAAACAGCACCAGAGACAUACGUUUCUUCUCGGACCGUCAGACGUACCACAGGCUUAUCCGAAGCCCUUUUGACUAAUCACCUGGAUGAACAAACCAACGCUCUUCCACUCGAGCGUCGAUCGAUCGCACAAGUCACCCAAACUUGCGGAAACCGACUACCCGCCACUUUCUUUUUUCUCGACAUAUAAUUCGUUCCUGUUGUUGGUUCGUCGAAUCCCACACGCGUCCUGCAGCAGCAACUGACUGCUCGUCCGUUCUACGUUUCUUGGCCACCAUGGACCUGGAGCGCGGCGACAAGAAGCCGCCGCCGCCCGCUCCACGGACCGCUGCUACGACCACUACGACGACGACGACGUCGGCCUGCAGCGGUAAGAAGCGGCCGCCGCUCAGGGACAGCCUCGUGGCGCUGCAGCCGGUGCUGCUGCGCGCGGCGGCGGCCCUGGCCGCGGCCGCCGCCGCCGCGGUGAUGGCGCUCGACGCCCAGUCCUACACCGCGGUGGUCGCCAUCGUCGGCACCCGCCCGCUCACGCAGACCUUCACCGCCAGGUUCAGCGACACGCCGGCGUUCGUGUACUUCGUCAUAGCCAACGCCAUCGCUGCCGCGUACAACCUCCUGGUGCUGCUCGUCCGGCGGCGGAGGACUACGGCGAGCUUGGUCGUGCGCAUGCUUGACAUGGUGGUCAUGGCGCUGCUGGCGACCGGCGCCGCGGCGGCGGCGUCAAUGGCCGAGCUAGGAAGGAACGGCAACGCGCGGGCGCGGUGGAACCCGAUGUGCGACAGGUUCGGCUCCUUCUGCCGCCGCGGCGGCGCCGCGCUGGCGUCGUCGUUCGUCGGCGUCGCGCUCAUGCUGGCGCUCAACCUGCUCUCAGCCGCGUCCGGUGCCGGGUGCUAGCUCCGCGGGGCAGUGAGUGGCACGUGCCGACUUGCCGGUGCCGUCCCAGACAGCUCUGUACACUGGAGUUCUGCCGGUGCACGUUUGAUGUAGAAUUAUUUGCAUUUCUUCAACAUGUGAGUUUGAAAUGGGUUUCUUGGUUCUUACAAAAAAAACAUAAUAAACCAUCUCAUACCUCUGCAUCUGAAUAUAAAGUCAAACACAACAAUUUUCUUAUCCGUUCAGAAGCAAGAGGUGUCGUGGUGUAGUUGGUUAUCACGUCAGUCUAACACACUGAAGGUCUCCGGUUCGAACCCGGGCGACGCCAUGUUUUUGUCUGAUUAUUUUUUUGUUCCCUGUUUUGCGCUGUCGGCUGAUUUUCCCCCCCUGAUCUCCGUGUACUUUUUUUUGGAAACACUUGAUCACAGUUGGCAUGUU